AGCAUUAGUUUAAUAGCAAAGUAGAUAAAGAAAUAUGUGAAAGUAGUCUAUACAUUACAAAAAAACUACAUGGCCUCAAAUACGUCAUCUAAUGUGAACAUUUCUGCAAGAAGUGCCAGCAGUUCAUAUCAGCAGGGAGUUGGUUCACGUGUUGUGAGGGGACCUGACUGGAAAUGGGGCCGACAGGAUGGUGGGGAAGGUCAUGUUGGGACUGUCAGAUGUUUUGAAAGCUCUGAAGAAGUAGUUAUUGUUUGGGACAAUGGAACUGCAGCCAACUACAGAUGUAGCGGACAAUAUGAUCUAAGAAUUCUUGAUAGUGCAGCUUCUGGUUUGAAGCAUAAUGGUUCAAUGUGUGAUACAUGUCGCUUGCAACCAAUUUUCGGGAUUCGUUGGAAAUGUGCGGAGUGUCAUAACUAUGAUCUCUGCUCUGCGUGUUACCAUGCCGACAAGCACCAUCUUCGUCAUCGCUUUUACCGGAUCGUCACUCCAGAUGGAGAAAGGGUAUUAAUGGAGUCGCGAAGGAAGAGCAAGAAAAUCAGUUCACGUGGUAUCUUCCCUGGUGCUCGUGUUGUAAGAGGAGUUGAUUGGCAGUGGGAAGAUCAAGAUGGCGGAAACGGGAGGAAGGGAAAGAUCACUAAAAUUCAAGACUGGACAUCUCAGCACUUACGAAGUGCUGCGUACGUUUUAUGGGAUGUUGGUGCCAAGAAUUUAUACAGAGUUGGAUUCGAAGGAAUGAUGGAUCUAAAGAUCGUGACUGAUGCUAAAGGACCUUCAUUUUAUAGAGACCAUCUGCCCUGCCUUGGUCAGUUGAAUGGCCAGCCAUCAUUACCAGUGACUGAGUUCCAGUUAAACGAUCAAGUCAACAUCGACCUUGACCUUGAAAUUGUUCAAUCCCUUCAGCACGGACAUGGUGGAUGGACAGAAGGAAUGUUUGAGACAUUAGGAACCACUGGCACAGUCUGUGGAAUAGAUGAGGAUCAUGACAUUGUUGUGUCGUAUUCAAGUGGGAAUAGAUGGACUUUCAACCCUGCAGUUCUUACCAAAGUAACAGGCGCUGAUGCUACAGUAGUGGGCAGCAGUGGUAACUCACCAAGUGAACCUAAAUUCGAGGUUGGAGACCUGGUUCAAAUAUCAUCUCAUGUUGAACAUGUUAAAACAUUACAAAGGGGGCAUGGAGAAUGGUCAGAGUCCAUGCUAGCAGCAGUUGGUAAAGUUGGUCGUGUACAACAAGUAUAUCGGGACAGCGACGUCAAAGUUGAUGUUUCAGGCACAUCAUGGAUAUUUAAUCCUUUACUACUAAGCAAGAUUGACCAAGGACAAGCAAGGUCCGGAGAAAACUUGUCUUUGCUGCUGAAAAAGUUGUUUGAGUCUCAAGUUUCGGGCGACAUCAAUGAAGAAUUAGUGAAAGCCGCAGGUUCUGGCGACGUACAGAAGUGUGAAGAGAUUUUGCAGCGACCGGAUGCAAGCGUUAACGGCCAAUUUGCGGGUCACACAGCAAUGCAAGCUGCUUGUUUAAACGGACAUCUUGACGUGGUGUCGUGUUUGAUACAACAUGAUGCUGACCUUGAAAUUGAGGACAAAGAUGGAAACCGAGCUAUUCAUCAUUCAGCAUUUGUAGAUGAAGCUGGAGUAGUGGAACUACUUGUUCGUGAAGGAUGUGAUGCAAAUGCCCGUAAUAAACGACGCCAGACAGCCUUGCAUAUUGCUGUAAAUCGUGGCCACGUAUGGGUGGUGCAGACUCUGCUUGAGCUUGGCUGUCAUGCUAGUUUACAGGAUGCAGAAGGUGACACUCCCCUUCAUGAUGCCAUAUUAAAGAAGAGGGAUGACAUGUUAACUUUCUUGUUGGAUGCUCAUGCUGAUGUCACUGUUACCAACAACAACGGGUUCAACGUAUUACAUCACGCUUCUCUACGUGGAAACCCAAGCGCGAUGUGCAUAUUGUUGAACAAGCUCACACGGCCUUGGAUUGUUGACGAAAAGAAGGACGACGGUUACACUGCCCUUCAUCUUGCUGCACUUAAUAAUCACCUGGAAGUCGCGGAAUUACUUGUGAAGUUGGGCCACGCGAAUCUGGAUAUUCAGAACGUGAACCAGCAAACACCACUCCACCUAGCGGUAGAGAGACAACACACACAAAUAGUGCGGCUUCUUGUGAGAGAAGGUGCAUGCGUCAACUUGACCGAUAAAGACGGGGAUUCCCCACUGCACGAAGCAUUACGUCAUCACACGCUGUGGCAGUUGCGCACCUUGCAGGACAAACAUGACGUCACAGUGGGAAAGGUUCUCAUGGGCAUUGGCGGGCAGGGUGCCGACCGACACAGUAGCGCUUCUAUUGCUCAAUUCCUUGCGGCGAACGGUGCCGAUUUAAACUUGAAAAACAAAGAUCAACACAAUCCACUGGAUCUUUGUCCGGAUCCCAACCUGUGCAAGUCACUCGUUAAAGCAAGCGCAGAAUCAAAUCACCCGAAACUUCCAAAUCGUCAUUCAUCCGUUCUCUCCCCUCCUUCCACCUCAACCAACCAAAACUCAUCAUUUUCUCUUCAUUCAACCAAUGUUACACAGGAUGAAGCUACUGGUUCAUCAUCACUAGACGACAGUUCAAACCCACCCCCACCCUGCAAUAAUGACGUAACAAUCAACUCUGUGACAUCAAUGGCUGAUUUACGAGGCGGGAAUUUGUUGGAAAACUUACCCAGAUCGGAGCCACUCUCCCCGAUGAACAAUGCUAAGUCAAAGAAAUCUACAUCUCGGGGGAAUUCCCCUAAUCCGAGCACAGUCCAAGCGAUUACUGAACCAUGGAAAAUAAAUAAUCAACAUCCAGAAUUAAAUGAGUGCAUGAUAUGUUCCGACUCUCCCCGUGAUACGAUUCUUGAGCCUUGUGGCCACUCGCUGGCGUGCGCGAGCUGCAGUGACCGAAUCAAAAAGUGUCUGCUGUGCAAGGAGACCGUUACCUCUAAACAAGUGGUUGAGGAAUGUUGUGUAUGCUCCGAUAAACAAUCGUCCGUUGUUUUCAAACCAUGCGGUCACAUAUGCGCCUGCCAAGCUUGUUCGAAUCUAAUGAAGAAAUGCAUUCGUUGUCGUGAACCAAUCGAAUCCAAACUCCCUUUCACUGAAUGCUGUGGUGUUGUUACAAGAACACCUUCACCUAAAUCUCCACAAUUAACUGCUAUGACACAAAACUCACUAACAGCUACUGAAAACAACUUCACGUCAACAGUAAGCAACCUUAAUGUUACGACGCCCGGAAAUUCUCACAACAAUCGCCACCAAAACAUGGCCAAUCAUUUGUCCAAGGACAGUCGUAACAGUGAAGCUGAAAUUCGUAAGUUGCAACAACAACUGCAGGAUAUUAAAGAACAGGUAAUGUGUCCAGUUUGUAUGGACAGAAUAAAGAACAUGAUUUUCCUUUGUGGUCAUGGUACGUGUCAGCUUUGCGGAGAUAGAAUGACAGAGUGUCCAAUAUGCAGAAAACCUGUUGAGAAAAGAAUCUUGUUGUAUUGAAAAAUUCAUUGCACUUUUAUGUUUUUUUUUAUUUUUUGUGUGUCAGUAUUGCUGGUGUUUUGAAGCUUUUGAUUCGUCAUAGCAGAUAUUUUUGAAGCUUUGAAUUAUGUUUAUGCAUGAUACUACAAGUUUUUCGUUUUGUCAAAAUACAAUGUUUAAAUGCUCGUUAAA